AAAGACGCGGCGCAAAAGUUUCCAACAAAUGACAUCGGAAAGUUUCCUACUGAUGAUCAACGAUCGUUCGUCCUGUAUAUUUUUCGCGAAAAGAUGGUAAAAGAUUCCUCCCUUCUUCGAGGGAGGGAUUGAAAUCUUGAUUUCAAAGGGUAGUUCGAUCGCGAUUAAUUUACUACUAGUUUUCUAAGUUUUUUUCUUUGUUUUAUCGGCCUCCUUUCGACGAUCCAAAGUAUUUGAAAUAACGAACCUCCGAAAGGUUUCUGAAAAACAUCAAGAACGAUAUCGACAUUUUGGCGCAAACAAACAUUUUGUUAGCCAUAUUGCCACACUUUAACCGUGUAAGGUCGAUCGUUCACGUCAGAACCAUUCAAUCGGUUACCUUCUCCGGAAACAGAUCGACCGGAACUCGCCGCCUCGAGGAAGAUUGCGAGAUUCUUCGACACGACUAGUCGAUGCGCUUCCAGCUGCAGUAGCAUCGAUCGUUGCAAAUUGGAUUGCCGUUAAGACUCGAGCGACGGAGACCACCUUGGAGUCGAGCAGACUUGUUCAGUGUCGACGGUAUCAGCGCGAAAUUUCCAGAGAGAAUUUCGGAGUUCAGAGCAUUUGCGACUUAAUUUGCCAUUGGAGAAGCGCACGUUCAACACCCGGGAUGUGCCAUAAACGAGCGUGACUGAGAGGAAGAAGAGUAUGCGAACUGCACUUGUUAGCAGGGCUUGUAACGAGAGUUAGUGAUCUUAACAAGAAGGAUGCAACCACGGGUGACAGUGGUUCUGGCCACGGUCUGGCUGACGGUGGCGGUUCUGGUAGGAGAAGCAGUCACCCUCCGCCUCUCUCACGAUCAAUACUCCCCCGUAUCUCCACGCCGACACGCUAGGGUUCAACGGGACCGCACUGGAGUCUGGAAGGAUCACGAUCCAGUCGAGGAUCAACCUCUCGACCUUUGGAUCGGCUCGCGAAGGUCGAUCUCCACAGAGGAAUCAGGAGCUCUAUCUCACGAUGCCAAAUAUACCGAGCGAGAUUUUCAGCUUGAAGGUCUCUUGAAGGACAUUGUCUCGUCAAAGCGAAUGUACCCCUUUUCAGGCUGGCAGAGGCGGUUACCGAAUAUCGCCGGCGCGGAAUUCGCGGCCGACAAAGUCGAUUACGGCUACGAGAUGCCGGAAACGCUUUCGCGCGAAGCGAAGGUAUCCCCUUCAGAUCUUUUAGACGACCCCUUUGUGGCAGACGACACAUUUCAGGAUCAAGGCCCAGGAUCGAUGGAAAUAUACAAACUAGACCUAUCCAAAGAGAAGACUCUACUGACCGCAACCACGCCCUCUACAAAUUUACUGUCGAGAAAUAAGAGCAAAGCUCCGAAAAAGACGGGUCAUUUGAAUUCAAAGACAAAGACAACAGAAAUUAAGUCAAUAACAAGUAAUCACAAACAAUCAAAUUUUUUCGAAGAACAACGGACCGAAACUCCUUUGAUAAACAAAGACGCCUUCGAUGUUGGUGGUGUGCCGGAGCUACAGGUUGGAUGCGAAGGUCUCGAAGCGUCGUUGUUGUCCCACAAGACGAAAAGAUCGAUAGAUACGCCUGACAAGGAGAAGGGCGAGGUGCCAGCUCCGUCCGUGUUGCUAAACGUGUCGCCGGUAUCCUUGGAUCUUGACGACGUUCUGUCGUACGAUGAAGAAGAAUAUGAGGAAAUGGACGAGCUUCUCAAACUCAAGAGACUGGAGACUACCACGAAAAGAAACAAGCCAAAUAGGGGAGAUAUGGAUGCCAGCCAUUUGAAUUCUGACCAUCUGGAUGAGUUUAGGCGACUAGAGAAGUUACCAGAACGAGGAGAUUUGGGUGGAUCCAUCCCAAUAAAUUCUAGUGAAUUAAUAACUCGUCAGAAGACCAAGCGAUCUCUGACAGAUCUCAAAAUUAAGAAUUACGAGGAAGUCAAACCAAAGCGAGAAACCAUUUUAUUGGACGGUGAUAACGGCGCCAGCAGGAAUCAUGGUCGGCAGUUGCUGUGGCUUGCCGAAGCAAAUACUAAGGGAUUUGCGGACGGUAGAAGCGAACGGAAGCGCACGAGACGGUCGAUCGAUUGGGGCUUCGGUGAGGAUGAAGGUGUCGUGUCCAGCGACGAGUUGCAGACCGUGAAUGAACGUCGCAGGCAGCACGAGAUGCGAUACCAUCAAGACACAUCUAGAAGACGUGACCAGCAUCAUGGAUUAAAUACUGACAUCGAUAGUGUUAGACAAGAGUACGAGAAAUUACUUGAGCAAAAACGAAGGGAAGAAGAGUAUUUGCGACAAAUGCAACAGGCAUCGACCAAUCAAACGCUGCCGAAUAGACGGGAGGAGGAAGAGAAAAAGAAAAGAGAUGAAUUACGAAGAAGACAAUACGAGGAAUAUCGUGAAAGGAUGGACAUCACAACACGUCGUACAGAUAACGAAGAUAUGCGACGGCAGAUGGAAGAAAGACAAAAGCAAGAAGCAGCCCAAAUGCAGGAGACGAUUAGAAGAAACGAGGAAGAGCUAAGAAGACGAGAGGAAGAAGAACGAAGAUUACAAAAAGAAGAAAUUAAAAGAAGGCCACAAAGCAAAUGGCAAGAGGAGAAUUUAAAAAAACCGGGUUCUAAAACUUUCAUAAAAGAUGAUGAAAGGAAACGAAGACUUUAUGAUGAAGAAAUGAAGAGACGAGAGGAAGAACUGCGAAAACGAUUAGAAGAAGAACAAACAAGAAGGCAGGAGCAAUACAGGUCGCAACAAGAAGCUCAAAGAAAAAGAGAAGAAGAGGCAAGAAGGCGUCAAGAUUCAAUGAGAAAUCUUUCCGAAAAUGAUAAAAGAAGAUUAGAAGACCGUCGCAGAGAAUGGUUAGAGAAGAAGAGGCAAGAGGAUGAAAAUGAGAGAAGACGACAGCAGCCAUCGAAUUUAAUGCACGCGGAACAUUCAGUCAGUCAUCCGAACGAUAUCAGACAGCACGAUCGAGACGAGAAAAAACGACAGCAAGAAGAAAGACAGCGAGAACAGAAAUUGCGAGAAUAUAUCACGCGAAAUCGACCUAUCAAUGUCAAUCAUGCUGAUCAAAGAUCGAAAGAAGAGAAACGACGCUAUAGACCCGAAGAGCACCAAGAUCCGCGGAUGAAUGUGAGUAGAAAUGACGAAGAGUACCAUCGACGACUGGAGGAGCAGCGUAAAAGACAAGAAGAAGAGAGAAAACUACAGGAUUACAUCAGGAGGAAUCAACCGGUGAAUGUGCCAUCGAGAGAUAAUCAAUCGACCACAGCCGCUCGUAACUGGUUCGAGGAGCGAAGACUGAUCGAGGAAGCCAGGCGUCGCGACAGAUAUCCCGAUCCAGGAGUGAGGAGAGGCCACGGACCGUCGGCGCCUACGUAUAUCGAUCCACGAAGCUCACCAGAGGAAGUCAGACGCACGCAACAAGAGACGGCGAGAAGGUUGGAGGAGGAAAGGCGGCAGAGGUACGAGGCGGAAGAGCGACGGAAGGAACUCGCCAGGCGACAAUGGGAGGAGGAAGAAGAGAGACGGUUACGGCAGCAACGGAUGCGAGAGGAGGCGGCCAGGCGAGAAGAUGAAGCGAGGAGAGAGCAAUCUAGGAGGUACAAGGAGAACAGGCAGCAGUCGCUACUGGAGAUAGCGAGGAUGCGGGCCGAGAAGGAGAGAAGGAGGCAGGAGAUGUUGAAGCAACGAUCCAGGAACGAAAUUGGUAGGACGAAACAACCAGAAACUAGGCCGAUCUACCACCAGGAUCCUCGUCUUUUGGCAGAGCACAGAAGACGACAGGAUAGCCGGCCUAAUCCGAGUAAUUUGAUGCGAGCCGAAGAAGCCAGGCGAGCGACGGCAGAGCGCGAAAGGCAAAGAUUGGAAGCCGAGAGACGACAACAGGAAGAGAGCAGAAUGAGAGAGCACAGACGGAAGGAGACCGAUCAGUGGAGACGACAAGAACUAGCCAGACUAAACUCUCUGCCGGUGAGCGCAAGGAUAAUAGUCCGUCCUGGUGGCUCCUCGCCGACGUCGCCCGUCUCGCCACCAGUGAUAUCGAGGGGCGGUUUCAACAACGAGAUCGAUUUUACAGGAAUCAACCCGCAUCGCGAAGGUGUACAAGUGGCACAAUUUCCUGUCCCCCCAACACCGAGACCACCUGCUCAGAGCCCUACUCCAUGCGUUUGGGCAGUUGUUCAUUGUUGUUCAUCCAAUAACAAUCGUCUCGUAAAGUGUUUCGAAUCGUUGGGCUGCCCCGGGAUUAAUUGGGAUCCUAACCCGUGUAGAGGGUCUGUUGCGGACGCUGCCAGAGCAGAAGUUCUGAAGUUCUAUGCUAACUCGUAAAACUAAUAACAUCAAUAAGAUUCAGCCUUUACUUUUGGAGAGACGAAUAUCAACUAGACAAGAAAAAAGAAGGAAAAACUCUUCAACACCGACGGAAAUCUUUCUCUCUCUCUCUCUCUCUCUCUCUCUCUCUCUCACACACACACACACACGCGCGCGCGAAAAGUUUCAAGUUACUGUUCUUCAAAUCAAUUUGUGCAUGUGUGACUCUGUACAAAUAUUUGUGUCGCUCAUUGGAUAGAAAAACUCAGUAAGUUGACUUAAAUAUUUGCAGAACGGAAGACCUUGAUAUAUAUUUUUUUACUUGACACAAUAUUAGUAAUUUUAAUAACUCAAAAUUAAACAA